AUGAGUCUUUAUAAUAUCAAAAAAAGCUUUUUAAAGAAAAAUCCAUUUCAACAAUAUCUUGUUUUAAAAAGAUGCUAUUUGUCAUCACAACCAAUAGCAAGAGCAAUUACUUUUAAUAAAUAUGGUAAUCCAAAAGAUGUACUUUG